UCGUCAUGAUGUCAGAACAUGCUCGUCAAUUAUAUUGUUAACAUGUGAUAAAUUUUGUCUUUAGAACUCUUGGAUUUUAUAUAGUGCCAGGAUUUAAACUUAUCCAAACUUUUAUCAAUUUCGAAGUUUUGGCGUUUCUGAAAUUAGAUUAACGUGAAAUCACGGUUUUCAGUACGUAACCACGUAAGUGCAAGUUAUAUAACUUGUUGAACAAUGGCAUCUCAGGUUGAUGAUGAUCCAAAAAGUGGGACACUAGACUUAUCUGAUGAUGACCAUAACCCUAACACUAGCCAGCAAUCUGGAAAGGGUGUAGAUGAUAAUAGAAUACCCAAAGACUUUAGGGAUUCUCAAACCCAUGAAUCUGACUCUGAUGAUGACGACGAUAUGUCAUCGAUGUCGAUUGACACUUUAAUACGUUUACAAUACAAGCAGAUGAAAUAUAUGCAAAAACUAACAGAACAUUUAGGUUCUAAAUCCGAUGAUGUGUCGGACAGUGCAAAUAAAUACACAAUAGCACCACACGAUAGUGCAAGUAGAACAAAAAGAUCCCAUUGUGAUGACGGGGAAUCUAACAUUUCAAAUAAACACUUAAAAGUUGCAGAUGAUUCCCAGCAUGACACAGAGUCUGUUGAUGACCUAGAUAAACUUAUGUGUAGUUUUGAAAAUGCUGAGACCGACAACCUUGAUAAAUCAGAUAACGUCACUGAUGACGAGGAUCUUAACGAGGUCAAUGAAUUAAUGGAUGAAAUGAGUGAAUUUUAUAAUGAUUCUGAGGAAACUAGUGCGGCUAUUGAAGAAAGCUUAGCAAAAUCAGUCAAUACUUCUCUAAGAUCUAAAAUCCCAGAUUCUAAAUUCAAAGAAAUUAAAUCGAAGUAUAAAAGACCAGAAAACUGUCAAAACCUUAUGAUCCCUUCAGUAAAUGAAGAAGUUUGGGGAGAAAAACACUCUAUGAUUAACGCAAUAAGAUCACGUGAUCUAAAAUUACAAAAAAUCAUGGGGUAUGUCAUUAAGGGAAUGAUACCAGCAAUAGAAACGACAAAUGACAUCUUGAAAGCUGCUUUAAAGAAAAAUACAUUUGAACCAACAAAAAACCUUAGAAAAAUGGCAGAUGGCAUCCGAAUGUUCGCGGCUUCUUAUACCCAACUAAACCAAUAUAGAAAAGAAAAUUUCAAACCAAUUAUGAUUGGGAAGUUCAAGAAACUUACUUAUACAAACAAUUCCGUAUCUGAUAAAUUGUUUGGGGAUGACUUGCAGAAGAAAAUUGAAGAUAUUCAAAAAUCAAAGAAAAUAUCUGUAACGGGAUUUAAUACCGGAUUUACCGAGAAACCAUCAACAAGUGGAUAUAACUAUCAUCGUAAUUCUUCUGAAGGGUAUAAUAACAAUAAAACUGGGAAUGGCAAAAGUCGUUUUUUAGACCAGCGAAACUCCUUCCCGAACAAACGAGGAAGAGGGGGGAGACAGUUCAACAAACCAAACAAUCGAUAAGUCCACAGCAUACUAGGAGCAGUAUUGAGGAAGAUUGUACAGGAUCAGGCAGAUGCAAUCGUAAUAGCCCCGUUAUGGCCAACUCAACCUUGGUUUCCAAAAAUUCUACAGUUGCUUGUGGAUUGUCCC